AUGGGUACAACGGCAUCAUCUCAUCUUGAAAAGGAGCUCAACUCUGAUUCAUUUAUGGGAAACGAGCGGUUUUAUGGGUUGGUAAACGUAAGUUUUAACAAUUUAUUUCUGCAUUCUGAAUUUAGUUUGGCAACACAUGCUACUGCAACUCCGUGUUACAAGCUCUAUAUUUUUGUCAACCGUUUAGGGACAAAAUUCUUGCUUACAAACAACAGCAACGAAAAAUAGGUAUGGAAAUGUUUUACUUUUGUUACGGAGUUUCGCUUAUUUUAGACUUUAGACGUGCGAUAGAAAAUUAGAAGAUUUUUUACUUAUUUAGGUGGGCAAAAAGAUAAUUUACUAGGAUGCCUUGCCGAACUGUUCUGCAACAUUGCUACACAAAAACGUAGAGUUGGAACAAUUGCUCCUAAAAGAUUUGUUACAAAGUUAAAAAAGGAUAAUGGUUAGUUGUUUUUUUUUGAUAAUUUAAUGUUGAUUAAAAAAAUGGUGUUUAGAGAUAAUUUUUAUGAAGAGCUUUUUUAGAGUUAUUUGACAACUUUAUGCAGCAGGAUGCUCAUGAAUUUUUGAAUUAUCUGUUAAAUGCAAUAUCGGAAGCGUUGACAAGCAGCGAAGAAAAGAAGAGAGAACAGCAAAAUGGAAAUAUUAAGGUCAACGGUGUUAAGAAAAGUUUGAGCAGCUUUGGAAAUGAUCGGUAUAUUUUACUUUUUUAUUACAAUUUAAUUUCUUUAUUUUCGUAUACUAUGCACUGAAUAUUAAAAAAAAGUAUAUUUAAACCACUUCUUUUCUAUAAUGCUUCCCCCUAUUUUCCACAGGUAAUACAAAAAAAUUUGAAAAAAAUGGUCUACAGUAAAAUUUUUUCGACCUCUCCCUUAGGGACGUCCCUGCCUGUACGUGAAAAACGAAAAAAACGUUUUUGAAGAAUUGCUCCACAGGCCCUGAAGAUUUUCCAACUUCCUCUCACUCCAGAGAAAAACCGUGGCGACGCCACAAAAUAACAAUAAAUUUUCGAUUUUUUUAUUGUGACUUUUCAGGUCGGGUUCGAGAUCGGAGUUAACAUGGAUUCAAGAAAUUUUUCAAGGUACUUUAACAAAUGAAACUCGCUGCUUAAACUGUGAAACUGUAAGCUCUAAAGAUGAAGAUUUUCUUGACUUGAGUGUUGAUGUCGAACAAAACGUCAGCAUAACUCACUGCCUAAAAAAUUUUUCGAACAUGGAAACACUUUGUGGAGAUCAAAAAUAUUAUUGUGAAAACUGUUGCUCAAAACAAGAGGCUCAAAAACGGAUGCGGAUUAAAAGAUUGCCACAACUGCUGGCUUUACAUUUAAAAAGGUUUAAGUAUGUAGAUCAUCUGAACAGAUAUACAAAACUUUCGUACCGAGUCUUGUUUCCAUUAGAAUUGCGACUAUUUAACUUGGUAAGUACUUCGAUUUUAUUUCGUAAAAAAGGAAAUUAAAAAAUUAUUGGUAUAUUUUUCAAUUUUAGAUCAAAAGAAGUAUUUUUAUGUGCUGCUAAUUUGGGUUUACAAGUAUUAAAACGUAUUUCAGAAAGAAGAAAACAGUGAUCGCCUUUAUGACUUGGUUGCAGUAGUGGUUCAUUGUGGGUCGACACCGAAUCGUGGGCAUUAUAUAACGUUGGUAAAGUCUCAAAAUUAUUGGCUUUUGUUUGAUGACGAUAUUGUUGAUGUAAGUUUCUAGUUAAUAAAAAAGCUGACGUUAAACUGUUUUUAAAGUAAGUAAUUCUAUAAUAUUUUUUAGAAAAUAGAAGAAAGCACGAUAGAGGAUUUCUUUGGUCUUUCUGAUUGUAAUUCUCAGAAAAAUUCGGAAUCUGCGUACAUACUGUUUUAUCAAGCACGGGAAUGA